AUAACAAUAAAUUAAUUGAUAAUUAUUGUCUGCUUAUUUUGUUUAUAAUUAAUUACAUUAAAAAAAAGAUAGCUAUUUAUAAAUAAGUAUAAUUUUAAAUAAAAUACGAGAGAAUCACUACAAUAAUUUUUUAUGGAAGAUGAAAGUAUUCCUGAUCGUUCAGACAUUGAGAAUGAUCAAGAAUGUUGCUUAGUGGCGAAUGGAGAAAAGUGUCACAGAGUUGCAGGCAAUGGAAGUUAUAAUAAAAGAGUUCAAAAUAUAAUUGACAUCAAAGGUCUAGAUAUGAGUGUUGAUAUCAAUAUACCCCAUACAUAUAUUUGUGAUCAACACAAAUCUAUAAUACAUAAGGUUUCAAAUAGUAAAAAAUGGAAAAAAUUAGAUAAUUCUAAAACAGAAAAUGAUCUUGUAAGAAGCUUGAAACCAGACUUUGCAAUUUUGCCUAUGAAAUCUUUGAGAAGAUAUAAAAAGCAUUUCAAUGUUCACACUAGGCCUGGCUUAACCAAGACACAAUUGGCAGAUAUAGUAACUGAUCAUUUCUUAACUAUUCCUAUAUGUGAAAAGGAAACAAUAUCUUAUUUUAUUUAUAAAUGUAAAACAAAGAAAUCACAAGAUAUUUUAUAUAUGGAACUGUAAUAAAAUAUUUAUAUACUUAUUGAUGCAAUACUUUUUAUUUCAUUGAGGAUAGUAAAUUGUAUUUGGAUGUUUUAUUUAUCUGUAAUGUUAUGAUUGAAUAUAAAUAGACGGUAAGUAAGAAAAGGUAAUUAAUAAUAA